GCCGCCUUGAUUUCACAACCAAGUGGCAAGUGGGAGAGAGUUAGCGAGCACGAUCGACGUGCUUCCGUGCCGCCGUCAUGUUCAAGUUCCUCAAGAAGAACAAGGGACUCGAGCACGGUCCGUCGGAGGCUGAAUUGUUGGAGCAUGUGAACGAAGCAUGCAGUCAUCGCCCGGUCGCAACGUUUGACGUCUUGUGCUCUUCGGAGUCGGAGCUCCAGAUCACAGUCGAACGCCGAGGUCCGGUCACCUCCAGCGCGUAUGCAUGGAUGGUGACCAAGAGCGACCAGCAAGAAAUACCUGUGGGGUGUCAAAUUGCCCUCGUGAAUGGUGUUCCUGUGCCAGACUCGUCGACGACAACGUCCUUCUUCUCACUCGACUGUUUCGUGGGCUGGCCAUGUCGGCUGACGUUUGUUUUGCCGCCGUACAAGAAGGGCCCAGUGCAGAAAAAGUCCAAGAUUGGCUUAGAGAAGUGGAACGACAGGAUCCUGGAAGUGCGAGGCGGACGGCUGCGGUACUGGGACGUGUCCGAGCCAGGUCGCCAAAGAGGCAACUUUGACAUGCAGCGCGCCAAGCUCAGCUGGACUAGCGCAAAGGACCGACCAUUCUGCUUAGCUCUGUCGUUCUCGGACGAGUUGGUCGUGGUGUCGUUCAUGAGCGAGCUCGAGCGGUUUGAGUGGGCUGUGGCAUUGUCGGCGGCGAUUCAGAUGGCGAUGUCGGGGCUGUCGGCGUCGCACAAGGACCAAGUACAAGUAUCGGCCGACACGGCAAGCAGCCGGGGGGAUGUGUCUGCCCUGGGGGAUCGGUUUACAACGGAAAUUCCGUUUUAAUAAAGUGAAGUCUCGAUGGA